UGUGAGCCACAGGAGGCCACACCAGGGUAGGCAGGGCCCGUGGGUCAGCGGCUCUCUCCACCGUCAUCACCGGAACCGUUCGAACAUUUCCAGAAAAUCACUGCGCUUGGAGAGCCGAGGAUUAAACACGGAGAGCAAACACUGGCCCCAGCAGGAUGCAUCUGCACGGACCCGGAAGACACAGGCGUUCCGCCGGAGGAGGAGAAACAGCAUCCAAUCGGUGCUUGUUUCUUAGCGGCCAAUCACAUCCCGCCUUACAAGGGCGCUCGGGACGGCGGGCUGGGCUGCUCUCUCCUCUCUUAAAGGUGGCCGUCACCUGCGGGGCCAGCUCCAGUAGGUGAAGCCCGGGGCGGUGGGGUUUCGUGCUUGCUGCUUUCCCCCCUCCGCUCAUGUAAUGCACUCCCUGAAACAAGAAAUCCAAGCAUUCUCCCGGAAUGAUCUCAGGAAGCAGUGCACCAGGGUGACCACGCUAAGUGGGAAGAAAAUGAUAGAAACCUGGAAGGGUGCCACGGUUCACGUUGUGGAAGCCGAGCCCAGCGGAGGGGCUGGCUGUGGCUAUGUGCAGGACUUUAGCUUGGACCUGCAAGUUGGCGUUGUUAAGCCCUGGCUGCUUCUGGGCUCACAGGAUGCUGCUCAUGAUCUGGAGCUGCUGAGGAAGCUCAAGGUGACUCAUAUUCUCAAUGUUGCAUAUGGAGUUGAAAAUGCUUUCCUCAGUGAAUUUACAUAUAAGACUAUUUCUAUAUUGGAUGUGCCUGAAACCAAUAUCCUGUCUUAUUUUCCAGAAUGUUUUGAGUUUAUUGAGCAAGCGAAACUGAAGGAUGGCGUGGUUCUCGUUCACUGUAACGCAGGGGUGUCCAGGGCCGCGGCGGUUGUCAUCGGCUUCCUCAUGAGGUCGGAAGAACUCGCGUUCACCACUGCUUUGUCGCUGGUGAAAGGGGCAAGGCCGUCCGUGUGUCCGAACCCCGGCUUCGUGGACCAGCUCCGCACCUACCGAGUGGACAAAGGGAGCCGUGGCGGCGACCAGGCACCCGCAGUGGACACGGCCCUCGGAUCGUGAGCCGCACUCCGACAGAGACAGACAGACAGACAGACACCUGCAUAUGCCUCUGUCCUCCUGCCUCCGAGACAAACUUGUAAAACUUCCCUUUUCUGUUAUCUUUUACUGGUGACCUGGAGGUUGCUUUCACCGCCCUGAAUUAAUGCUUUUUUAAGUUUUGCCUUUCCUUUGUUAUUGCAAUAUCUGGUUAAGUGUUUCUUUGAAUUAUAAGAGAAAUCGGUAUAUUAUCAAGUCAGUAAACACUGAUAUGUGUAGGAGACACUUUAAACAAAAACAAACAAACAAACAAGCACCCUAGUUACAGUUAGAAAAACAGUGAAGUCUUAAUUCAUUCUUUCCUCCUGCACGCUUUCCUGAACGACAACCUUUGGAGUGAUGGACCAAGUGAAGACUUGUCAUUUCAAAUGGAAGUAAAAAUUUUGGAAACAAUAUUCUUAAGGUUAAAAAUAAUACCUUCAGCCUCCUCAAAGAGUGCCAGAGUCAAAAGGCUCAUAUCAACAUCUAGAUAGUGGUUACAAACUCUUAAAGUGAUUGUGUAGAUGCUCUGUUGUGAUUUUAUGAUUUUUUUAAAAUUAGGUGUUAUCACCUAUACUUUGCUCUUUUUAACUUGGGUGCUAAGCAUUCUGUUAACUGGUCAUCUGUCAUAUUUUUGGUCUCUUGGAAUUCUUAAAAACAGCCUUAUAGUGAGAGACAAUUUUUAAGAUGUAAUCUUACAAUUAAUCUAUUUUAUAUCUCAGUAUUCUGCUGGAAAACAUAUUUUUAGGAAAAAAGUUAUGAAUCUAUAAAAAUUUAAACAUUGUUAGAAUGCUUAAUAUUAUUAUGUACGUUUUUUUGUUGUUGUUUUGUUUUUUUCUGGAAGAACAGUUUGAAGAGGGUUUUUUUUUUUAAUGCUUUCAGGUUAAGAAAACUUAAUUAUGUACAUUGUAAGUUUACCUCAAGGUUUGAAUUGGGGGUGGGGGACCACACAUCAGGAGGUAGAGUCCAUGCUUAGUUUGCAAAAGUCCCUGACUUCCAUUAUCAGCAACACACACACACACACUCACACACACACACACACACACACACACACUCACUCACACACACACACUCACACACACACACACUCACACACUCACACACACACACUCACACUCACACACUCACACACACACACUCACACACACAAAUCUUUUGAAAUGUUAUGCAUGUACAUACUGCAAAUGUCAACUCUGACUAGCUAUGAGGGAAUCCUUUUCUGCCUUCUGAGUGACAUCUGUGAUAAGUUCUGAAAGAUAAGUAGGAGUUGACUGAAGGUGAGUGGGUUGUGGCAGAUGUUUCAGAAUUGAGUCAAGGAUUUAUGUAAAGGCCAAGACUGAGAAGGAACAUGAAGCCCUGGAGUAGCGGAAGGAGAGCUGAGAUGUGGGAGCAGUGAGCCAGAGGGCAUGUGACGUCGUCAGUGAAGGACUGCUGGACGGAUCAAGGGAGAGCUGGUAGAGUUUUAGGAUGUCAGUCUUUUAGAUUAGUGGGAGGAUAAAGGUUUUCAUCAGAAUGUGCUUAGAAUGUUUUGUGGUUGUUGUUUAUUUUAUGUAUAUGUGUUCUGGCUUCAUGUGAGUCUGUGCACCACGUGCAUACAGUGCCAGAAGGAAAGAAGCCAGGAGGUGGAGUGGGAUUCUCUGGGUCUGGAAUUUCAGACAGCUGUGAGCUCCAUGUGGGUGCUGGGAAUUGAACCCAGGUCCUCUGUGUACUUUUAACCAUCUCUCCAGGGUGAAGAAUGAUAGCUCGCUUAUUUGACAGGGUCCCCUGUUUAGAAGGUCUGAGAAUGACCUUCAACUCUGGUCCCUCCCAUCAGCUCUCAAGUGCUGCAAUUGCAAGCCUACACCAUGACUUAUGUGGUUGGGGCUGGGUUUCUUGCAUGCUAGGCAGGAACUCUACUAACGAAGCUGUAGCUCUCAUCUUCAGGAGGUUGCUUCAAAGGCUCAGUCUGCUUACAUUGCCUAGAGUGAGUGCAGAGGAAAGCAAGAGCAGUGAAGAGGUUAGGUCCAGGUUUCAAGUGUUGAAGGCAGAUGCAUGCCACGGACCGGCCCAGUCGGGCUCCCGACGUCCUUGGGAGAACAAGGCUUCGGACAGGAAGACACGGUUUUGGCAAUGAAUUGACAGACAGAGACACCUUGAUGGUUUUUGACUCUGCUGCACUUUACUGAAAUCAGGCUAGUAUUUUUAUAAUGAUUUUACAAAAGGCACCUUAAAAUUGGCAUACUUCCCAGAACAUUUAGACUUUUACCAAGAAUAUAAAGUUUAUAUUUUAACUCAAAAUGCAGUCAAAUAUAAAGCAGUGCCCACAAGAAAUCUUGGCCCAAAAACUUUUUGAUCAGAGCAAACAAAGAAAAAGAAACCUCAAAUGCAGUUUUAUUAUUGCUAACCAGUGAAGAGGAAAGUCAGGAGCUAAGUCAGAUGCCUGCCAAAAUCUCUAUAUCAAAAUCUAAUUACUCCUUUGUUAACCAUCCUCCCAUAUGUCCCACUAAAGAUUUAUUAUCUUCCUUAGAAGCAAGGCACUGAAGGGAGGGGAAACUUCUGCCAGCUGCACCUCUCAUGCUAUUAUUUCUUAAGAAAUAAUAAUAAUAUUUUUACUAUAAUUUUUACUAUUUUUAAUGCCUAUUAAUACUAAAUCUAACUUAUUACUUUUCUUAAACUUAUUCCUUUUACAUAUUAUUUUUAUUAACGCUUUUAAUAAUCUACCAUUAAUAAAUUUUUUUAUAAAAUUAGUUGUGCUGUUUCAGGAGUCACAGAGAAAGAUCAAAGAAUUUAUUAAUCCAGCCCCAGAGCCACAACUGAAAAAGCGUAGAAAUCUCCAAGUGGGAUGAAUCUGCCAGGGACCUUCCAGGGAGCGAAUUUCCGAAGAAAGCUUGUCUCCCGCCCUGUAGCACGUGCUACUAUGGCGAUACUGGUGUGGGUGUUGGCAGAUGCAGUUAAUACAGAACAGAUGGAAAGAAGUGUGAAAUGGCUCUGACUGCCCUGCCAGAGGACCAGAGUGUGGUCACCAGCGCAAACGUCAGGGAACUCUCAACAGUGUGUAAUUGCAGCUCAGUUCCAGGGUACAUGACAACUUUGGCUGCUGCAGGCACCUGCACACACAUGUACAUACCCACAUACAAACACACAUAUCUGCACAUAAGUAAAAUAAUAACAAUAAAUCUUAUAAAAAGGAAAGAAAGCUGAACAUAGGGGUAGGUUCACGCCUUUAAUCCCAGAACUCAGGGAAGCAGGGGGAGGUGGAUCUUUGUGAGUUCAAGGUCUGCCUGGUCUGCAAAGCAAGUCUAUGACAGCCAGGCCUACACAGAGAAACCAUGUCUUGAAAAAUCCAAACAAACAAAUAAAUAAAUAGGAAAGAACUGAGUACUUUGAAAAAUAUUUAGAAACUAGAUCUUAUAAAUAAUAAAUAAAUAGGGAAGAAGUGGGCACUUUGAAAAUAUUUAGAGACUAGAUCUUAACAGGCCUGAAGAGCUUAAGAUAGCCUGAAUAUAACUCCAUUUUGAAAUAAAGAUUUUGACUGGGAACUGAAUUCAGGCACCAGGAAAUAUCACAGAGUGUACACCUGGCAGAAAACAAAGUUAACUCUCCUAGCAACAGCCUCCAGGAAAUAUCACAGAAUAAAUGCUUCAUAGAAAAUAGAGACAAACUCCCUGGCAAUAAUCAAUGGGAAUCGGUUAAAAAUCGGGUGGGAAAAUUCUCCCCAAUGUUUCAGAUAUGGUUUAGAAAAAUAGCCAUUGUGAUUAUAUGCCUUAGCCAUUGUGAUUGUGUGCCUCAGAAAAGGUCACCCUGCCCUGCUAAACUUCACCCAAUUCUGUAACGCCAAGGCUUGUGCCCCCUGCUUGCUGCCAUGGAAACCCCCUGCUCACAGACUUUCCCUUUAAAAAUCCUGUUCACUCAGAGCUCCGGGUCCCACUUCUCUACUGCUGCGCCAGUGAGACUUGGGUUCCGAGUUCGAUCGCUCUCGUAAUAAAGCUCUCUUGCAAUUGCA